AUGUUCGCUGAGGAAUUAGCACUUAGAAACUUAAUUGAUAGUCUUGAAAUAGUGAACCUAAUACGAUUGGUUUUAUAUCUUAAAGAAUUUGCUGAUUGUCAGACCCUUAAAUUACUGGAGAUGAAAUGGGAAUGUUUGCGAGACAUUUUAUGGUCAACAGAGCCAAUACAAUCAGUCAACAAUCGUGAGGAUUUAGACGUAUUACUCGAAGGUUUCUCGGUAAUGUCUGCAAAGCAGAAUCUAACAAUGCCAGAAGAAGCAAAAAAGAAUAUUUGUGAGUUAGAAUAUUUUGGCAUAAGGGAAUUGGAAAUUACUUCUAAUUCUGCUGCUGUCACCAGCCUAAUGUUCUCGUACUUGUCAUGA